AAACCUCUGCCCUCCUCUCUCCCUCCUCCUCCCACCCCACAGCAGCAGCAACAGCUAGCAGUUGCACAAUCGCAGCUUAGCUUGGUUAGUGUCGCCGGGGAGUAGAGGAGAGGAGAGGAGAGGAGCAGUGAGACGGUGAGGUAGGGGAGGUCAUGGAGAAGUCGAGCAAGAUGAUGGCGGUGGCGGCGGUGCUGGUCCUCGCGGUGGCGGCCGGCGCGGCGGAGGCGAGGAACAUCAAGACCGCGGAGGAGAGCAAGGACACGGUGGUGCAGCCGACGACGUUCCCGCCCUUCGACCGCUUCGGCAGCGCCGUGCCGGCGUUCGGCGGCAUGCCCGGCGGCAGCAGCAUCCCCGGGUUCAGCCUCCCCGGAUCCACCCCCGGCUUCGGCGGCAUCGGCAGCAUGCCCAUCUUCGGCGGCCUCGGCGGCUCCCCUGGCCUCGGCGGCGGCAUGCCGGGAUCCCCCGCCGCCGCCUCCACCGCCUCCGUCGACAAGCAGGCCAAGAAGCCGUGAGCGCGCGCCGCCGCUCGCCGCCGCUGGUGCAUGGCUCGGCCACGUCGUGCUCUAUGUAGCGCGCGCGUUACAUCUGCAGUUAGCUUGCACCGUCUACUAUAGCUAGUGUCUAUCUCUUUCUUUCUUUUCAGUAUUUUUUUUCACCUGCACUGGAGGAUUCUAUGAUCUGUUUGUUGGUUGGCUGUGUUCGUUUUGUAAUCUGUUCUAAUUAGGUCCAUCUCUGCUAUUGUGUUUAAGUUCAUGAUGAUCAUGUAGUAGUACCACCACUGUUCUCGAGGCAUGAAUAAUGCUAAAAUGUGAUGAUAUUGUGUUGUUGUAUGGGUCAUGGCUUGAUUA